AUGGACACAAAAAAUAUUGUUCAAUGGCUCUCGCCCUACGUUGCACCUUUCUUCGCGCUGCAGUAUCCCACACAGACACCAGCGCACCCCGAUUCUUUCCCCGAGUCCGGAUACUACAACGCCGGGAAGGCUGAUAUCUGUCUCGUGAUUACCUGUAUCGCUGUCAUGGCCGUGUUGCGCGACGCGUUGAGGUUGGGUGUUUUUGAGCCCUUCGCGCGCUGGAAGCUUUCCAGAGACCUAGACCGCAAACGACACCAACCAAGUGUUCUCCGCUUCGCUGAGCAAGGCUGGUCAGUUGUGUAUUAUACCAUCCAGUGGUCAUUUGGCCUUUAUGUACACCGCAAUCUCCCUACUGAGAUCUUCGACGCCAAAGACCUAUGGCUUCAGUAUCCCCAUAUACCACUCGCCGCACCCAUCAAAUUUUAUUAUCUUACUCAAACAGCAUUCUACAUGCACCAGAUGCUAAUCCUGAAUGCUGAGGCCAGAAGAAAGGACCACGUUCAGAUGAUGGCCCACCACAUUAUCACCGUUAUCCUCAUGGUCACAAGCUACUUCACCAAUUUUACACGCGUGGGCUGCGUUAUCAUGGUGCUUAUGGACUGGUGUGACAUUUUCCUACCGUUAGCGAAAAUGAUCCGUUAUAUUGACAUCAGCCAAUUGGCGUGUGAUCUCACCUUUGCGUGUUUCCUCGUUUCAUGGCUUGUUACGCGGCAUUUCUUAUUCCUUUUUGUCAUCUAUUCGACGGUAGUCGACCUCCCAAAGCAUGUUCCAUUCCUCCUGAAUACGGAGCAGGGUUAUUAUUUGACAAAGUCUGCAUACCUUGCCUUCUGCAUAAUGCUUGGGACUCUGCAGGUUCUGCAAUGUAUUUGGUUCUGGAUGAUAUGUAGAGUUGCGUGGCGCGUGAUCACGACGGGCAAUGGCGCGUCAGAUGAUCGUAGUGAUGAGGAAGAGUAA